AUGUCUAUUAUAGUCGAGAACGACCCGCUCGAUCAGGUGGAUGGAUCAGCAUCGUAUGAGUUUGGGGCCACAAAAGUGAUCAGUUCCGUCACAGGACCUAUAGAGUCUGCAAGACCCAGAAAUGAGCUGCCAACAAAAGCAUAUCUGGACAUCAACAUCAGACCAUCCUCUGGCGUACCAUCUACAAGGGAAACACUAUUAGAACACAAAUUGGGCCAGCUUCUUCCGACAGUGAUAAACCUGGACCAAUAUCCGCGCCAAACAAUACAGAUUGCCGUUCAAAUUCUGAAAAAUGGUGAACCCAAAGAAUACACAGCAAGACAGCUAGUUGCAAUCAUAAACUCCGUUUUCGUCGCUCUCAUCAACAGUGGAAUCUCGCUCAAAUCAUCAUUUAUGGCUACAUGUUGUAGUAUCAGCACAGAAGGAGAGAUCAAGACGUCUCCCACGUCAUCAGACUUGUCCGGCUCUGUUUCUCACUUCGUCGUCGUUUAUUCCAUCAAAAAUCACCAAAUUGACAAUCUUUUGUUUUGCGACGGACUGGGUACCUUCAAGCAGAAACAGCUGUUCGACGUACUAGACCGUGCCGCAUCAGAGAUACACUUGAAUUUCCAGCAGAUCAGACAGGUGAUCUCAAGUCACGUGUCGCAGAAUUAUAUAUGGAAAGCCUAA